ACAACAUGUGGUGAUCAAAACGAAAUAUGCCAGGGCACAAGGACUUUGCAAGAAAAGGAGGCUUCUCUGGCGAGUUAGACGUCGAGGUAGAUCCUGAAUUUGACGCCAGGUACUAUGCUUCGUCGAUCUCGCACGAGUCCAGUGGAAAUAGCAGAAAACACAAGAAGAAACAUAAGAAAAGGGGGAAACAUGGCAAAGAGAGACAGGAGGAAAAAGUGGACUCUCACAAGUCAUUGGUAAAUAUAGGAUAUGAUGACAUAAGUUCGGAGUCAGAACAUUUUUCAACCCACAGUCCAUCACCUCCACCACCAGAUAUAGUGAAAUCGCGGAGUUCCGAUGAAAGGAGAUCAAAGCGUAGCCUCUCCCCAGGUACAGCAAUCAAAAACUAUCUUAAAGAAAGAAGCCACAGCAAUUCACCUGUGGUAAGGGAUAAGGACAGUGAGCAUGAGUAUGUGAAAAAAUCUGACAAGAAUAAUAAAAAUGAACGCGAUGAACGUUCUGGAAGGACUAAAGAGCAGAAAAAGACACGGGAUGUGGAACCUACGAGUACUACUAGUGCAAAAUAUGUUGAGAAGCUGUCACAACCAACUUCUCAGAGAGCAAAAGCUGAACCUCCAAAAGCUUACACAGAGCCUCCCAAAGCAUAUGCUGAUCCACCAAAAGCUUAUGCCGACCCUCCCAAGGCUUACCGUGAGCGAUUAUAUAGUGAUGAAGGUCGAAAGUCUCCUACACCACCUCCAAGAAAAAGAUAUCGCUCAAGGAGUCCAUAUUCCAAGUCCAGAAAACACAAGUCCAAGUCCCCUAGUCCAUACAGUAGCAGGUCGACCUCCAAAAGAAGCCGAAGAUCCCGGGAAAGAAGCCCGAGCAGAUCCAAAUCUUCCAAGUCGAGAAGAUCUCGUUCAAGGUCAAGGUCAUAUUCACGUAGGAGAUCUCGGAGCCGAUCUCCCAAAAAUGGAGGCUCUGCCUCCACGUCAUCAUACUCCAAUACCAAAAUCAGUCAUACUACUGUAAAAUAUGCCACUAGCUUAGCUGCAGAGCUAAGUAAACAUAGGAAAGCCCGCGAGGGAUUAUUAAACAGAAAUAAAGACAUCAAAUCGGAGCCGAGCAGUGCUAAAAAUACCCCCGACCAACCAAGUGCAAUCUGUGAGGACCCACCACGACAGGGGUCUCAGAGGGACCAGAUAAAAACUGAGAAAUUAACUUCAAAAGUUGAAAACGCUAGUGGUUCAAGUGGAGUGUCUGAGCCUCCCAGUGCACCGGUGAUUAUGCACGAUGUUCGUCACGAUGUCACGGAUUACAAAACUGUAACGAAACGCAUUGAUGGGAAGUCAAAUUUGGACGGACAGGGAAGACGGGACAUUGUGAAUACAGGUCAAGACAGACGUGAUCAGAAUUGGCCCGAUGGUGGACGAGAUAACCAAGGAAGACCCCCUACAGUGUCACCCUCUCGUUCAACAUCGACAUUACCGCGGCUGCCCUUACCUCCCAUGGGGACAGAUGAUGAACAGAGUGAUAGUGAACUUAGUCCGUACAGUCCUGGUCACAAGAAGGGAAGUCGAGGUCAGGACACAAGCAAAAACCGUCCACGCAGUAUAAUGCGUGACCUGCCUCUUCCGCCGAUGUAUGACGAACCUGGGAAGGGGUCGCCAAAAUCACCGCUCAUUUCUCCCAGGUCUGACAGUGCAGAAAACAACAGGCCUGCCAAAUCAAGUUUAUAUGAAAGGCGGCGCCUUCAGGCCCGUAAACAGGAAUGGGGCGAGCGCUGUGUGGACAUGUUUGACCUAGUCAGCCAGGUGGGAGAGGGGACAUACGGACAGGUGUAUAAAGCUAAGGAUAAAAUCACAGGUGCUAUGGUGGCCUUAAAGAAAGUGAGGCUGGAGAAUGAGAAAGAAGGGUUCCCAAUAACUGCAGUGAGAGAAAUCAAAAUCCUACGGCAGCUGAACCACGAAAACAUUGUCAACCUGAAAGAGAUUGUUACUGACAAGAAAGAUGCUCUGGAUUUUAGAAAGGACAAAGGUGCCUUCUAUUUAGUGUUUGAAUACAUGGACCACGAUCUUAUGGGACUUCUGGAGUCUGGCCUGGUGACAUUUGACGAGGUUCACAUUGCGUCCUGCCUCAAACAGCUCCUGGAUGGUCUCAACUACUGCCAUAAGAGAAAUUUCCUCCACAGGGACAUCAAGUGCUCAAACAUUCUCAUGAACAACAGGGGUCAGAUCAAGCUGGCAGAUUUUGGCCUGGCUCGUCUGUACCAGGCUGAAGACAAGGAGAGGCCGUACACUAACAAGGUGAUCACGCUAUGGUACAGGCCGCCUGAGCUACUACUGGGGGAGGAAAGAUAUGGGACUUCUAUUGAUGUGUGGAGCGUAGGGUGCAUUCUGGGAGAAUUCUUCACCAAGAGACCGAUAUUCCAAGCCAACCAUGAGCUGGCCCAGCUUGAGCUGAUCAGCCGGACGUGUGGGACACCAUGUCCUGCUGUGUGGCCAGAGGUCAUCAAACUGCCCCUUUUCCACACUUUCAAACCUAAGAAACAGUACAGGAGGAGACUUAAAGAGGAGUUCUCAUUCAUUCCCAAGCCAGCCCUGGACCUGAUGGACAUGAUGUUGGAACUGGACCCGGCCAGGAGAAUUAAUGCUGAGCAGGCACUGAACAGUCCCUGGCUGGAGAACAUUGACACUGCCUCCAUUCCACCACCAGACCUUCCAAAAGACAAAGACUGUCAUGAGUUAUGGAGCAAGAAGAGGAAAAAGAGCAUGAAAGAGGCGCAGCAAAAACAGGCAGCGGCCGAGCAGGCCUCCCAGGGUUCAAAGUCCAAACCCUCGUCUGACCAAAAGUCCGAUGAAACUUCCCAGUCGAAGUAUCUGUUCCCCAUUCUUAAAGACUCUGCCGAGAAACCUCGAAAGGAGGCUGAGAAGAGGACAGCACCCACGGAGGAGAAAGACAACCUGGAUAAGACUGAAUCCAAAGUGGUUAAAAGUCUAAAAUCGAGUGGAGGUUUCCUGGGCAUCGGAAAAGACAAUGAAAAGAUACCAGGCUUUGACUUGGGAACCACAAGUAAGCCUGGGUCAGACCCUGCACCCUCUUUGCUCCAGCAACCCCCUGCGGCUCUUACACAGCCCCCAGUAGCAAAACAACAGCAGGGGGCACUUGCAUCAGCAGUGGAUAAUGCGAGUGAGAGUGUGCAGAGCAAGUUGGCAGGCUUGGCAGCCUUGCUGCAAACUAGGGAAGGCCUAAGUGUGGCCCAGUUGGCUCAGUUAUUAAACGUGCCACUGGACGGGGCCACCUCGGUACUGCUGGAGAAUUUGAACAUGCAGCUAUUACUGGCUGCGGCUGCCAAGCAGGCCCAGGAAAAGCCGCCACCACCACCACCAGAGGGAGCAGACGUGAUCAGUGAUGCAACUAACUCAUCGUUGUACAGUGGAGGUGUGCAGCAAGGAGCGGGAUUUGGAACUGUGAGAGGAGAACCAGAUAUUGGGAGUGCAAAGCCUCAUAGUGGAGAUGGUAAUGCAGGAGUCAAAGCGGCACUGGCGCAGUUGCUUACACAGCGAGGGAUUCCAGUCACCAUGGGAAAUAGUUCCGGUGGUAGUAGUGGUGGUGACAUAAGUGCACCCGGAAUUACUUCUUCGUCACAACAGGGGGCAGCACAGUACAACGCGAAAGCUAAUAAUGCAGGGGGAUAUGACAGCAACACAUACGUGACACAAAUGAGUAUAAGUCCCAACGACUCUAACGAGAACCAGUUCUUUGACCAAUAUGCACAUGGAGAGAAUAGUAACUCUGGCAUGGACCGGGAUAUGUAUGGUGCUGACACCUAUAGGAGAGAUCCUCCUCCUGGGGGAUUAUACAGGGGUGAUGGCCCCCAGAGUAUAGGUUAUUUGGGAGAUAAUCCACCAGGGGGCUCAUACAGAGAGACGACUCCACAAAGACCUGGUUACCAAGGUUACCCCUCCGUGGGGGGCAUGAGUCAGGUGACUAGUUCACCACCAGGGGGCAUGCUGGACCAGAGCCCGGGCUUGCGGAGGGCAGGUGGUGGUAGAGUUGGUGAUUUUCAGAGCGGAAACAGGGGAAGAAAUAUAUGGAAUUAAAAUGGAUUUUCAACAGCUUUUUUUUUUUUUUUUUUUUUGGAGCGAGAGUUAGGAGCUUUAACAUUACCAAUUCAUUUCAUCAAACCUCAGAGUGGCAGUACAUUUAUAUCUGGUCGUGCUUUUUAGAAGGGGGAGUUGUCCCAGUUUUCAGGUCAUGAACUUUUCCAUUUGCAAUUCAUGAAUUAUUUAAAAAAGUUGACUUUCACAAUUGGGCAUUUCAGAUGGCAAUAUGACUUGAACAGUAAGCAGAAUUUGCUGUAAGGAGAAUUAGUUGGUUGUAAGUAAAUACCAGCAAAAUACAUGUUUACUGUGGAAUAGAAAUGACAAUUAGUAGGACUAAGAAGUAAAGACGACAAAUUGCAAUUGCAUUUUCCAGAGUAUUAGUGUUGGUGAAAGAUCACUUGUGGAAUAAUGAGAUUGGUUGCUUUGUUGCCCGUUGCAACUGACAUGGAUUACUAGUCUCCAAUCUUAUCAUAAAUUUUAACUGCAGCAGUGUUUACCUGCCCGACUCCCAACCCUUGGAUCUUUAACUGGAUGAUGCCUUGUGUGACAUGGAAGAGUCUUUUUGAACCGAGUAGGGUAAGAAGCAAGCACCCCCCCCCUCCCCCAUGGGUUUUUAAAGGGCUGUGCUGAUGCUCAAAGUCUUGAUAAGUGAUCCUCACAGUUCAAAAUGGAUUUCAAGUGCUAUAAUUUAAAAACGGUAGUUGAGGAAUCCUUCAUGAUGAAUAUUUCUGAAGAUUAUAUGACAUUGUUUACAAGUUUUACAGGUGUCACCAGCAUAUGCAUAUGAUUUUCAAUAUGAUUAUUUUCAUCAAUACUACAGUAACAUUGGCAAAGCCAUUUAAAAAAGUGUGAAUAGUGUGAAUGCCAAGGUUUUAUUCAAGAGUUUGACCAAAUAUAGCCUGAUGUGGGGCUAGCAUUGAAGGGAAUUUCUAAGCAAAGGGAAGUGAAAAAAACUUAAAUCAUUAUUCAGUGUUCAAAGUUGAAAUAUAUAAAUACUGUGAUCAUAAGUCACAAAGUACGGAUAGGAGAAAAAAGAAAGUUGGUGUAAUUGUAUGUAGACUACAGUAAAUUUGCUUGUGGCUUUAUAAACUGGACUUGAUAUUGUUAUUAUAUAUAAAAAAUAAAUAUAGUUGGAAAUUGUCA